GAUGGUGCAAUCUAAUAAAGAUAGUAAAUCUCAUCAUAGUUCCAUCAAGCAUACCAAUAAUGAUCACUCUUGGGCAACUUCAUAUUCGAGAAGCCAGAAAUAUUCGAACUCCAAUGUCAGCAGAGAUAACCAGGCAUCACAUAUAUUUCAAGGUCAACGCAGUGAGGACGACGCUCCUAGUGACACGGUAUUUGCCGAAAACGAAAGAUCACCGUUAAUUCAUCGUCACGAUGAUGUUUUUGGUCGUUUCGAAGACGCGAGAGAUUACGGAAAAUUGACAGAACAUGGAAAAUCUACUGUCAAACAAACAAUAUUUAACGCAGUCAAUAUAUUGAUGGGCAUAUCCAUCCUUGCAUUACCGCUUGCUUUUAGAUAUUCGGGAUGGGUUAUUGGAAUUUCAUUAUUUCUGUUCUGCUUAAUUUCAACGAAUUACACAGCGAAAAUAUUAAAAAAGUGUCUAGACACCGACACCAAAUGUUUGACCUAUGCAGAUCUCGCGUAUUUGGCAUAUGGAGAUAAAGGAAAAUAUUUUAUGGGUGCGGUGUUUCUGUUAGAUCUAUUCAAUGCGGCGAUCGCAUUAAUGAUAUUGACCGGAGAUUCUUUGAAAACCCUUUUUCCACAAGUGGAUUUAACCAAAUUAAAAUUAAUCGCCUUCUUCACAAUUACACCUGUCACAUGGAUGCCAAUUCAUUACCUUUCCUACGCUUCGAUCCUUGGUAUAAUCGCUGCUUCCUCAUUGGCUAUGGUAGUGUUGAUCGACGGUCUCACCAAGCGUGGGGCACCAGGAAGCUUGUUAAAUCCCAUGGACACUUACCUAUUUCCUCCAAACUGGAAGACAGUACCGUUGGCUUUCGGCCUUAUCAAUUCUGCGUUUACUGGACACGCGGUGUUCCCUUCCCUGUAUAAAGACAUGGCGAAACCUUGUGACUAUGGAAAGGUGGUAAACCGCAGCUAUGUGAUAGCUAGUAUUGUUUACCUCACCGUGGCAGUGUCAUCACGGGAACCAUUUGGACAUUCUUCCCCAGAGAAUGGAUGGAGCAAGACAUUAAAGGUUAAAGCAGGAAUGCAGUUUCACGGGAGAGGUUGA